UUUGUCGACUUUCUGAAUUGCUCGUCAUCAAAAGCAGCGUCAAAGCUAAGCAUGAAGCUAAGUAGCUGCUGUUGCUGCUUGAGCUUAAGAAUGGGCACUACAUUAAUAUCUUUGAUAACGGCUCUAAUGUAUGCCUCGUCUAUGGUGACUAUGGCGCUCUUUCUGGCUAACAAGCUGCCAGCCGAGCUGGGCAACGAAUAUCUUUGCCAGGAUACGCAACUUUAUGUGCUCAUUGCAUCAUCAGUUAUGCUAAUAAGCGCUCUCUUGUUAGCCUUUGGCGCACAAUUGGAAAUUCCGUUCUUUCGCCCUGCCCUGGCUGCUAUUCGUUUGCAUUCACAUCGUUGCUGAGUGCAUAACAUUAAUUUUGAUUAUUCGCUACGGUGGGCCUUUAUAUUUGAUUCUUAUAACAUUCACAGCCUUGACUAUAUACACUUAUUUUUGGCUGGUUGUUUUAUUCUUUUUUAAAGAUAUAUUGGCCGAUUGAUGUUCCAUUUUUACUAUUUCAUAUUUCAUAUUUCACAUUUCACUCAACCCUGCUUCGCAUUCACUGUCAAAAUUUUUGGUACACUUAAAUACGUAUACGUAUUAGCACUCUUCUCUCAGCAUAAACUUGAUCAUGAUCUUUCGGCGAUGUUGCUGCUGUUUUCCACUGCGUUAUGGCAGCCUGACUAUCGGCAUUGUAUUUACCUGUCUCUUCUUUGCCGAGAUGGCUUUCCAUGGUGAACAGUGUAUUUUUAUAUAUACUAAAACCAACGACUGGAAUUUUUUGCAGUCGAUCAUUUUGGCAACUGGCAUUAUUUCCUCAUUAAUGUUGAUCUAUGGCGCCUAUAAGCAAAAACGAUGUCCCUUAAUAGUCUGGAUGAUAACCUUCCUGAUCAUAUUCGUAUUAUACCUCGUGAUGUCCAUAUUAGAUAUAGUAUUGUACCAUUACUCAAUUGAGGGUAUAAGCAUGCAAGUAAUUAUUCUACUAAGUAUUGCCAUCUCGCUGAUGUUUGUGCAUUCCCACUUCAGAGAAUUCUCGUUAUAAUGCAGGAAAUUAUAUUCAACUGUCAUAAAUUGCAUACUAACCAAGAUGGCUUGUCACUGCAAGUACUUUAUAAAGAUUUUGAACAAAUGCUGCUUCUGUUUCUCGCUGCGCACGGGCACAUUAUUGUUGGGCUGCAUAUUCUUGACCUGGUUCGUUUACCUAUGCCUAGGCAGCGCUUUCAUGAUGCGGUGCAUCUUCCCCAAUGAAUAUCAGCGUGAGGUUUUUGGUCCUCCGGCAGCCCCAAAGACAACAAUGGUCUUCUCGUUCUUCGGCAUCAUAGCCGCCUCAAUGGUCUGCAUUGGAGUGCAUAAUAAUAACGAACUGUUGUUUGUGCCAUUUCUGGUGCUCACUCCUUUCUAUAUCCUCGUGCACAUAAUUGCCAUGAUAGUGUAUGCCUGGGUCUGGGUCAUCAUCGCUCUCUUCAUAAUUACAAUAAUUGUUUUAAUCUAUGCCUGGGUGAUAAUCUUCUCUUACUUUUCGGAACUGCGCUAUGCCUACGAUGAUGAGCAGCCACACCACACCUACAUCUAAGACACAAAUUGGUCAAAACGGUUUAUUUAUGUUCUGCAUGUUUUAAUUGAUUUGCUGGAGUAAAAAUUGUUCAAGUGAA